AUGAUUUUUCAUGAUUUUGUUUAUGUUUCAUUGGUUAUAGUUAUGAUGGAAGUAGUGGAGUUGAAAGGAAGAACUGCCGAAAAUAUCAUUGAAAUAUCCAACAUACUCGAGCAAUUACUCCAGCAAACAUACAAUCCAACACCAAUUUUUAUAAAGUAAUAUAAACAGCACAUUAAAUACAAAUUUAUUUAUUUUAGGUAGAUUCAUUAUUAAUUGUAUUGAAGGGUAGUUCCUUUAUUUUUAUAAUGGAAAUAGGUUUUUGUUUGUAUUAAUAUUUACAUUUUUUUAUUCUUGUAGAUAUUUUUGAAACACCUAAUUGUAUUAUAGGAAUUUAAUAAUAAAAUGUAAAUGUAAAUUUUUAUUUAAAAUAAGUAUCUGUUGUAUUAUCAAAAAUAACUUAUUAAAAAGGUUUUUAAAUUUAAAAUAAUAAACUUCUCAUUUAAUCUUAAAUCGCUUAUAUAAAAAAAAGAGCCGAUACCGGGAACGGGUAAGGGUGUGGCCAGUGGCGGCGUGAACUUAUUACUUCAAUACCGUAGUAAAAAUUUUCAACACCCUCCCAUUCACUUUCCUUUUUAAAUUAACACAAAAUAUAAAAAGUAAAGUAUAAUAUAAUUAAUAUAAAUAAGUAUCUUGUAUUUACUCAAUCAUAAACAUCAACAUUCAACACCCGCCCACCGACCCACCCUUUUUUUCGUGACGCAACUGCGUUAAUUUAACCGUGUUUACGCCACUAAUGGGUGUAGCCACUGUUUUAGGUGAGUAGUGGGGAAGGUGGUAUACAUAAAGUUAUUUAAUUUAUACCUGUAACCAACGAUAAAUCAUAAAAAAAAAAAAACGAUUUUGAGCAAAGUCCGGUUUAUACAUGUUUUGAAAGGCCGUAAUAUUUCGAAUUUCAUCAAAAUUUGAUAAUAAAAUUCCUUUAUAAAAAUAAUACUAAGUACAUAAAGCUCAAAUUAUUUUUUUUUACCACUAAGUACACAAUUUAAUGAACCUCCUGGAAAAUGUUCAAGCAUUUCUGUUUAGUCUAACAGAUUACUGAACCUAUCCUGAAUAAAAAUUGUGUAAAAAACUUGUAAAAUUAGUUCAAAAAUGAAUUAAAUAUUUUGAAAAUUGUGCUACGUCUAGAACAAGGAAAUAUAUAUUGUUUGACAAAACGUCAAGUCUUUAUGAAUGUAUUAAACCAAAUUACAUUAAAAAAACAAAAUUGAAAAUAAUAAAUUAAUUAUUUUUAUACAAUUUCCCGUAUGAGUUUUUUUUUUUAAAAAAGGUUCGUACGCAAUCGUAACCCACCCCAUUCGAUAAAUCGGAACAGAGGUGGAUUUUUUACUGAGGGGGGGUGGAGAUAUAAAAAUUUAUUAAAAAGUAAUCUUUCUUAUGAUAAAACAACACACAUUAAAUUAUAAGUUGUAUUAUAAUAUAUUAAUAUUAUAUUUUUGAUUAAAAUAUUGAAUUUACAAAAUGAUAUCAAUUUUUCUUGAUUAUUGAGCCAGUACCUACAUCAAGAACUUCUUCUGGAUCGAAUGGGACUUUUCUAUGGAUGGUCAACAAUGUUAGUCCAUUAAGACGUUUCUAAAAAUCACUUACUAAAUGUUUCACUAAAAACGAUUGAUAACAACAACAUAAACCCGGAAAAAUAUGUUAACAUUUUAAUCAUUGUUCGGGGGGGGGAUAGUAUCAUGGGAUUAGAACCUAUAUUGUUUAUAUCAACUGCUCGUAUAUAUAAACUCAGCUGAAUAUAAAACCGGAACCGUGAUAAAGAUAUUAAUUUGUAACCACAGACACAUAAAAUAUCAUAAAGCAUGGACUAAGAUAUACCUUAGUCCAUAGUAUAUCUUAGUCCGUGCCAUGAAGCAGGUGCGUAUACAAAAAAAUAUUUAGGGGGUGGGGGGGGGAUUAAGGUUGUACACUUUCGGCUUUCCUACUCUUAUAUAAAAGAAGUUUACAUAUAUUCAAUCGUAGGAGAUUACAUUUUAUUUGUCAUUAAAAAUAUUAAUAUUUUAAAACAUUUAUUUUUAGCCGUUUAGGUACCUAUAAUUAAGUACUAAGUUUUGAAUUUAAUAUUUUUUUAGUGAAUACAGCCUAAAUGAAAACGUUAUUCAUAUUAUUGUGAUAAUAAUUCAGACGAUAUGCAAUAUCGUCGUAUCAGUUAUAAUUUUCUAAAAGUACGAAAACCACAAAAAAUUAUAAAUGACAAUAAUAACAAUACAUAUCUACUACCUAGUAAUAAAAUUAAAAUAAAACCAAAAUUGAAUUUAUCUUCGUCAUUGAUAGAAACAACUUUUGAGACUCGAUUAAAAAUCUACUUUCAUCAUAAUUUUCAUGAAAUUUCUCGUAGGAGGAAAAUUGAUUCGAUUUUUUUUUUUGUGUUCACAAUAAACGUAAAUCUAUAACCAUAAACCAUAGUGAAAUUCCUAUCACCAUGUCAAAUUUCUACACACUGAUAAUGAAAAAUCAUUUAACAAUUUCAAUAAUAUGCUGAAAUCUACUGGUUUAAAUGGAAACCAUAUAAUAUUUUAUAUUUAUAUUCGAUUACAUUUGAUUAAUACUAUUUAUCAUUCUCAUUGGGUAAUUUAUAAAACAAUUUUUUAUUUUUUUAAAAAACAAGCACGAUCUGUAACCAUGCGUGGUCUGUAAUCUGUAUGUGAAUAUUGUGGAAAAUGAAUAAUGAUAACGAGUUUAAAAAAAUGUUUAUUAAUUAUAUUAUUUUUUAUAUAUAUUGAUUUAGUGGAUUUAUUAAUCUUAUUAUUAUCACUGAAUAUCAGUUAAACGGGAAACACCAUGUUAAUUGUUAAGUACCUGAAUAAAAACAGACCUGGAUGGAUAUCCCAUCCAUCUCUUAUAUCCUUCCCUCGUAAGAAACCACAUGAAUCGGAACAAAAUUUCUGGUGAACAUUUUUUAUACACAAGAUAUAACAAAAAAAAAAAAUAAACAUCAUUGUAAAACCAAUACAUUAAUCACUUCGCUCAGAAUUUAAAAAUGUAUCAUGAAAAAGACGUUCUAGGAUAAUAGGGACGGGUGCAGUCACUGUUAUAGAUAAUUUAAUGUAUAUCUGUAAGCAACAAUAAACCAUUGCUUACGAAAAAAUGAUUCUAAAUAUUCAAUUGAUAGUGAUGCUUUGUCAAUAAUAUAUAUAUGUCAUUUUAUAGUAAAACAAAUAAAUAGGUUUUUUAUAGUUUCUUUAAUAAUAUUUGUUUAAUGUUGACAGAUUUUCCCAGUUUUCCUAAGUUUUUUCUGAUUAUCGCAUGUUUUAUCCCGGUUUUUCACAUUUGCUGAAAAAACUCUUGGAAAAAUUGAAAAACGAACUCUCUAAAGUACCUCGCUAGUAAAAUUUCAUUUUAGAAAUAUUGCUAUCAUUUAAAGUUGUAGCAAAAUUGAUAGUAGAAAAGUUGUGCACAGGAAAACAAAACCGUAAUAUUUUAGUAACGUAAUUCGUACAUUUUCCCGUUUUUUUUUCGGUUUUAAAAUUUGAUGAGAAAACUCAAAAAAUCGAUUUCCUCCUUAGAGUACCUCCCCACACUGAUUUCAUUUCAGAAAAUAUGUAACACGUAGAAAUCCGAGCAAGUCUUCUGGUAGAAAAGUUAUGCACGGAUAAGAAAAAAUAAAAUAAACAUCUUUGUAAAACUAUAAGUUUCUUCACUCCUCUCAGAAUCUAAAACUACAAAAUCCCAACAGUAAACAAACAUUAAUGGAAUUAUCAAACAUUUCUUUAAAUAUUGAAAAAUAUAUUAAGUUCAAGUGUGUGAGGUUAACUAUUAGAUUUUUUAAAAUGUCUUAUAGGUAAUUUUUAUAUGCAUAAACACUGAAUUAGGGGGUGAAAUUAAAAAUAUCUAAAUUAAUUUAUUUAAUCAUGUUAAGGAACUCUGUACUUAAUUAUCUUAUCUUUCUAACGUUUUUCUAAUUAAAACGUUUUCAGAUUAUGUGCUAUAUUUGAAGCAGAAUCAAAAAUAUAUUUUGAUGAAAAUCGUCGAUAUUUUGAUGAAGACUUUCCAUAUAGAACUGUUCUGAGAUCCAGAGAUUCUAAGUGUGGACUUGUUUUGAUGCAUUGGGUUCUGAUUAAACAUGAAGAGUUUCUAAAAAUUGUAAAUUUACGACUUAUAAUAUAAAAACUUGUUAAUAUCCUAUUUUUUAUUAUAUCAAAUAUUAAUUUUACCAAUUUUUUUUGUUUUAUAUUUAAUGCAAAUAUUUAAAAUAUUUUCAGAAUUUAUUGAAUUAUCUAUUUCAAAAUAUGGAUCAUGCAUUAAAUGUUGUUGCGUGUAGGUUUUUGAUGAUACAUAAGCCUAGAAGUCUUUUUGUAAAUGUAAGUAAUUUUCAUUUAUACUCAUUUUUAGUUAUAAUUUAAAUUAAUUUGUUAGCAUACAAAUGAAUUUGUUCUCCGGCUAUUCGAUUGGGCUUCAAAAUCAAAUUGUACAAGUUUGCAAACAUAUGCUACAGGAUUAUUAGUAGAGUGUCUAGUAUUACCAGAUGUAGCUACCAAAUAUAUGUAUGUCUCCUUAUAUUAUUAUUUUUUUACCAUAAAUAUUACUAAAAUGAGUGUUUUUAAUUUUUUACAGCGAAGAGAACAAUUAUCUUAUUCCAAUAAUAUUGGCUCGUCUUCAAUUAUAUUGUAAGGAUUUUACUAUAAAACAUCAACAUUGUGAAGCAGUUGAAAGCAAUCAACGUUAGCAAUAAUAUUAUUCUUAUUAUUUAUUUUUAUCAAGACAAAUUCAAAAAACAAUAAAGAACUAGUAGUACCAUUAUCGACUAAGUGAUAAAUGUGACAUCUUCAUUUGCGGAAUGUAUCAUCUUAAUAAUAGCAGGGAUAUGUUCUGUUAGUCUAUAACAGAGGAUAGAGCUGGUUUCAAAAAACAACAGAUUUCGUGGCCUAAGAAGGGAUAUUAAACAAUUUUAAUAUCCCUUCUUAUCAGUCAAUACUCAUUAUAGGUCAAACCUUGUAGAUGUAUCUAUUCAUAUUUGUCACAUGUCAUUAUCUUCAGUUAUUGGUAAGAAGUGAAACCCAUUCAACAGAAGAUUUCUUCAGAAAAGGAUUUACACGGAUUGUUUUUCUCUCAUUAACCUCCUCUAACAUUGCUUUAUUUGUCUUAUGUUCUAUCUAGCUUGUUCCUGGUAUUUUCCACCACAUCCUUUUCUUCAUUGCCUCCAGUAUAACUCUCUUAUACUUUCCUAAUGUCCAUAUUUUAAAACUAUAUAGUAAAAUAAUCCAAAGUACAUUUUUAUGAAUUUCUUUCUUGAAAUUAUACUUGGAUGUUUAUUUGUGAGAAAUAUCUAUAAUUCUCAAAAGCUUAUUUUGCUAAUGAAAUUCGUCUUCCUUUUUUUUUUGUAGCCUAUUUCAUUUGUUAUCAGGCAUCCUAAAUAGCAUAAUUCGCUUAAUUGUUAAAUCUGUUCAUUGUUAAGCCUUAUAUUUGAAAUUAUUAUUAGGUAAUUUAUUACGUUAUUAGCCAUAACUUUUGUUUUUUUUGAAUUUAUCAAGAAACGAAUCAAUGAGUACUAAAUAGGAUUUUCCAAUCUAUAUUAUUAAACGAUUUUUCCAGGUCUAAGAAUACUAUAAACGUUCUGUUCACGUUGACUUUUCUUUCCAGUUGUCUCAAAUCUAAGAUAGAAGCUCCUUUACCUGUCUUAAAAUCAAACUAGUGAUUGUCAAGUCUUUCUUUCACUUUGUACUUCAAUCUGUUCUUUAUAAUGUUAAGAAUUAUCUAUGACAAGUGAAAUAAGAUCGCGAUGGUUCUGGACUUUGAUCAUUCAGUAGUAUUUCAUUUCUUGGUUAGAGUGAUAAUUCUGCUUUUAAUGAAGUCCUUCGGCAUUGAGUAUUCCUUGUAACACUUCAUGAUAAUAUCAAAAUGAGCUUUAUUUGUUUUUUCAUCCAAGUUUUUCAAUAUUUCUACUAGUAUAUAAUCUGAUCCAGUUGACUUAUUAUCAUCUGUAUCUCUAAUGUUCAUAAUAAGUGAUUUCUGAGCCUUUCAUAGCUGCAUCCAAAUCGUAUUCAUUCUAGAUGUAUUAUUCUUUGGUGGUUAUUAAUGUCUUCUCCUAUACAAAUAUCUUUGAUGUACCUAUUUUUUAAAUUUGUUAGCAACAGCAUCAUUAUUGAAAACAAUUUUGCCUGCUUUAUUUUUAACAAUAUUGCUUCUAGUUUUUCGACCUUAGCAUAUACCUACUCCGUUUUUAUUCCUUUUCAUCAUCAUUUCAAUAUCUUCACUGAACAAUUUAAUCCAUUUUUUUUAGCUUGUCUGCUUUUUUGUAUUAUUAAUUUUUUAAUUGCGUGUAUUUUUCAAAUUUCUUAUUUCACCAGGUGUUUUUUUCGUUUACAAAUUUUUUUCAUAAUUGACUAGGGAUAGCAAAACAGAGUCAACUUUACUAGAUAUGGGGUUUGAAAAGAAUAUGAGAUUGACCUUAUGCCUACAAUUGAAAGUAAAAAUAUCUUACUGAACAGAGAAUUAUCACAGGAAACAUAAAGGAUAUUUGGUUUAUUUUACGCGAUAACUAAUAAUAUAUAUUAUUUUUAUUUUUGAAGAAAAUGAAAUUUGUUGCUGUAAUAGUUUAUCAUGGGUAACUGAUGGCCCUAUUGUUGACUUCACAAAUAACUGGAUACAAACUUAUCCAAUUACUAUAACUACCAAAAUAGUUUAUUGUCUAAAAUAUCUUGUUAUCGCUGUAAAGUACCAAAAAGUAAGUAUAUGAUUUUUUUAAGAUUAAUAUUCUAUACUAUGAGAUUAUACAAUUAAUGUAUUGUGAUUAGUUUUCGAAACAUGCAUAUGAGAUUCUUAACUUGGUUAUGGAAAUAAUCAACUCAUCGGUCAAGCAAAAUAGUCAUUUGACUCUUAAAACAUUACAAUAUUUAGCAACUCUUUUAACCCAAAAACAAUUUGCAACUGAAUUUCUUGUGAAAGUGGGAAUUCAGGUAUUAAAUUAUGCAUUCUAUGUAUGCUAUGCAAUUUCUACAAUUAUAUAUACAUUUAUUUUAAUUUUAAGAAAUUACUUGAGAUUCCAAAUUCAAGUAAAUUAUCCACUGAUGUUGCGAUGUGUUUACGCAAUUUAUCAUAUUAUAAAGUUGAAAUGGAAAGAAUUUGUUUACCUGUUUGUGUCUAUGAUGAUUUAGUAAGGUAUACAAAAAUAAGUUUGAGUUUUUAUUUUUGAUAAAAAAAAAAUAUACUAUUGGAAAUUAAAAUACAUUUUCGAUCAUCAGGUAUGCACUUUCAACAUUAAAGUAUUCGUGUGAAUCAUGUUUAUGCCAUAUAAUGUUGUUCUUCAGUAACAGUUUUCACUUUAAAAUUAUUUUAGAAAUGUUUGAUAAUCAUGACGGAUUAAGGAUACUCAUUAAUAUGGUAAUUACAAAUUUCCAUUAAAUUAUAUAAUAAAUUAAGUAAUAUUUUAGGCAUUACAAUACAUUCAAUUUUCACAGUUAAUUAAACAUAAACAUCAAGUACAAUUAAAUACUGUUGUUCAAUUUUGUGAUGUUUUGAAACAUUAUUUUGAGGCACAUUUACACAUUAAAACUCAGCAAAUACGUUUUGAAAAAAUGAAUCCUGGUCUUAUAUUUUCAUUAUCUAAGGUUAAUAAUAUUUAUCUCAUAUCAGUAUAGUACCUGAUUUAUUAUAGAAAGGUUACUGAGCAUACUAUAUUAAAUACUUACAUUUUAUGUUCUAUAUAUUUUUUAGUAUACUAACAAAUCUGAGGAUGAAGUUUAUGAAGAAAUUGAGUUGGUAAUGAAUGUUAUGCCUAUGAAGAAUCAUUGGACCCCUGUGGGAAAUCUAAUUAAAUUUGGUGGUUUAAAUUUACUAGUGCAAAUAAUUAGAGAUAGAUAUUAUGAGUAAGUUAGAAUGCAUCAGUCAAUUUAAUUUAAUCCACUUAUUUUUCAUCAAUCAUAUUUUCUGUACUAAUAUUUCAUAUUUUUCUAGUGUGUUUCAUGUUUAUUUACAUUUUAUGUUACAGUAAUGAAAUAAUGAAAAAUGCACUACAAGUUUUAAACAUAUGCUCUGCAACAUCAAAAGGGCAGUUAGCAUUGUUUGCGCUUGUCCCUGAAUUUGAAGGAGUUAACCUACCUUUUGUCUCAAUGAAUGAAUGUGAAAUAAAAAUUAAUGUCAAUUCAAAUAUUUUAAGAAGUCUCACUGAACAAAAUGAUUUUUCAAAUCAAAUAGUCCUAAAAACUUUACUUUAUAUCAUUAUAACCUGUGUUUCUCCUCCAAAAACUAGGGUAUGUAUUUUAGUUUUCAUAAAGUUAAAUAUUAUUAGUGUUGGCAGUAUAGAUUAAUAUUUAGCCAGGCAAUGUUUAUUGAAGAACCACUUUGUAUAUUGGAUUAUGAGUCUUAAUGUUCAAUUUGUAUGUACUUGUAUACCAUUAUAAAAUAUAGAAUAUACUAAGUGGGUACUUACCAAAUAUCAUAUGGACAUUCCAAAGUAAAAAUCUAACUUCUUGUAAAAAUACUUCUAAUUUUUCAGUCCUAAUGUCUAAUCAUAUUUUAAUGAAUUAUACUAUUAUUAUUAUUAUUGGUAUUGGUUGUAUAGUUGCAUCUGGGACUCCUACGGUAUUUAAAAGGCUACACAGUUAAAUUUGUCAUCUCUGUCUUUUUAAUAGAUAAUAUAGCAUACAUUUGUUGGCGUGAAACAAACUAAAUAACCCUUAAAACCGAUUUUAUAGAUAAAACAUGUAUCAUAAAAUAUGUAGAUGAUCACAAAGACAAUAUCAUCGGAGUUUCUUUAAUUAUUAAUUAAUAAUUAUCUAUUUAAAAAGUUGGAGUUCUCUAAAAGUAAUGUGAAAUACAAUUAUUUUCAUAAUUUCAAUAAUCAGUUGAAUAUUUAGAAAAUUCUUUAAAGACUAUGAAGUUUUCAUUAAAAACAAUAAAUAUUAAUAACAAUUUUUUAUUACAAGUGUUUUAUAUGAAAAACCAAUGUUAAAGACUUUUAUGUUUAUUUAUUUGAAUACAUUUUUGUUGUAAUGCCUGUUAGAAAGACAGAGAUAGCAAAAGCUCCUCUAAGUGUGUUGGUUUUCUGUUUUCUUCCAUUUCAAACUAUUCCAUUAAACUAUAUUAUAGUAGUAGUAACUUAUGUAAGGACUACUAUUAAGAAAUACAUUUACUAAUAAAACAAAAUUGAAUAGGAAGAGGAAAGUAUAGUGUAUUGUUCUGAAAAUGAAUCAGCUGAAAAUCAAGAUCAUAAAACAAAUGGUGAUAUGGUUAUUGAACAAAAUUGGGAUUGCAUAAGAAAUAAUAAUUUAAUUUUGGUAAGUCUUCUUUAAAUAUAUCUCAAUAGUACUUAUUAUCUUCAUUUUAUUUUUCAUUAUUAUACAUAAUGUAUAAUAUAUAUAAUGUAUUUUGUAAUCAAUUGGUUUUUUUUUUUUAGUUUUUAUUAAACCUUAUAGUGGCUUAUAAGGUUAAUGUUGAUGAUAUUGAUGAAAUUAGAGGACUAGCGACACGUGCAUUAGCUGGAUUAGCACAUUGUGCACCUGUUUGUCAAUUUUUAAGAAAUUUAACUUUAUUUAACAGUGGCCAAUUUCAAAGUUAGUAUGCAAUUAUUGUUAUGGUGGUCAAUAGGACCAAAAGAUUUUUUCUAUUAGGCAUAUACUUAAUUAAUCAUAAUUUAUCAUUAUCAAUAUAUGACUGAAUGUAAGUAGUUAAGAAAAAGUGUUAAUUUUUGAGUCACAUUCAAAUUGUAUCACACACCUUAUUGGUUUUCCAUUACUUACACAAACUUAUAUCACAGAUUUUGAUUGCAAUACAUGCAUAUAUUUAUCAUUUAUCAACCAAUUAAUAUGUAGUUGUAUUUCCUGAUUGAUUAAUUUAAAAAUUUUCUAUAAUUAUAACUAGGACUUGAAGUUUAUACUAUUCUACAAACUUUAAAAAUAUGUAUUAUUAAAAUUAAAUUGAAAUAUUAAGAUAGUAAAAAUAAUAAUUUUAUAAUAUAUAAAAUUAUUGAUUAUGUAGAUAAUCAAUUAUGUUUAAAAGCAACAUUGGUAGAGCGGUUUAAAAGACCCUCCCUGUAACCUCUGUAACAGCUCUAAAUUAUUAAAUACAAUUUUCUAACACUACAAUAAUGAUGACUACACAAUGUAAUUUUUUUUAUAAACUAUGAAUUAUUUUCUAAAAAAGGUUCAGUUAAAUGUUUUAUAAGUUUUAAUUAAUAAAUUUAUUAGCUUACGUGUUUUAUUCAUAUUCUCAUUCUAAAGUAAAUACUUAAUGAAAUUAAAAUAUUUUUAUCUUUAAACACAUUCUUGGAAGAAUAAGUUCUUUUUAUAGGUCACCGUUUUUGAAUUAAAAAUGUUUUGUACCUAAUGCAUGAUUAACUAUUAGCUUUUUUUAGUUCUUAGAUAUUUGCAUCAUGAGUUUACAUUAAAUGUAUUACAGUAAGUUUAAAAAUAAUCAAUGAUACUAUGUUGGUGUAUGUAACCAUUCAUCAUUUACAAUUUACGAUUUAUUUGAGAUUUGAGGCUGACCACUUAGAUUGUAUUGUGUUACAGGUCUUAUGAUAAAUCCAAUAAAUCAAAAAAAUCGUCUGGAGCACUUAAAAUUUCUGAAGUAUGCCUUAGAAUUGAUGGAGUUGCUUUCAGGAAUAACUACAAAUAAUGAAGAAGAAAUAAAAACAUCAUUAGCAAAUAUAAACCAAGUAUUUUUAUUUAAUUCUUAUAAAGAGUAAAGUACUAUAGGAUUAAACUCAACUAGAAAAAAAAAAAAAUCAAAAAGUUUUUAUGUUAAAUUCUUUAAUUGGUGGACAAAUUAUAUCGUUUUAUAAAAUAUCAAAUCUAAAAACAUGUAAAAAUGUUCCUUUUUUGAAGGAUAAUUAAUACAAUCAAAUUAACAUCCGAUUGAAAUAUUAAAGUACAUAGUAAAAAUAAUAAUUGUAUAAUAUAUAAAAUCAUUGAUUAUAUAAUUAAAGAAUUGUGAUUGAAGUAACAUUUAUAUUAUGAUUACAAACAAAUUGGAUAUUAAUUGUUAUGUAUUACUUAUGAGUUAUUAACAAGGCUUUAGACUUAGGGAUUUAAAAUUCCCCACUCUAACGACCCUAACUUAUUAAAUUCAAUUUUCUAACACUACAAAUGAAUAAACACAAAGUAUUUUUUUAAAGGUAAAUAGAGGUUAAUAAAAUAUUUCAUAGUUUAUAAAAAAAAAUUUUUUGUGUUGAACCAUUUUUGUGUUUUUAGAAAAUUUGAUUUAAUAGUUUAGAGCCAUUAGGGGGGAGGGAUUAUUUUAAACAGUUUUGAUCAAUCCACUUUGUUUAUACAAUUUAGUUUUAUUAUCUAUACAUUAUACAAAUUAAAUAAUAUAAUUUAUUCAAAUUUUCAGAUUACAAGUCUUGAGUUCAACACCAUUGUGUAAGUAAUGUUAAACGUAUACAUAAUACACAAAUUUAUCUAAAAAUCUAUAAAUUAUUUAAUGACAUUUGUAUGUAAUCUAGAAAAAUAUCCUGAUCUAUUUCUUUUUGCUUUUUAAACUGACAGUAAUAGAAUUACAUCUUCACUAAAAUUACCAUCUCUCAAAGAGGACCCUGUUUCUAAACCAAAGAACUUAAUGUGUAAAAAUUUUACGGCAAGAUUUUCCCAUAACAUACAUUCUAAAAGACUAAACCAAAGACUCAUACAUAGUCGCUUUUAUAAAACGCAUGAGAUCCAAGGUAUAAAUGAUGAUCUUAACCAUUUUUUUACUUGCAGUGACUUCUUAGUAAGUUUAUUAAAACAAAUUAUAUAUUUUUCAAUUAUAAUAACACAAUAUAAUGUAAAGAUAAAAUUAAUUAUUAUUUCUUUUAAUUUUUAGACUCAUGAUCGUUUAGUUAUGGGAACAAAUUAUGGUUGUAUAAAAAUAUUUAGUUUAUUUUCGAGUCUAGGCAAAGUGAACAUUUGUCCGUUUUCCUUUGACCAUGUAUCUAUUCUAAAGUUAAAAUGCAGUAACAAUGGAAAACUUUUAUUGUCUUCAACAAGUAUCAAAUCAACUCUAUAUUCUAUAAACGAUAAUGACUUACUCGAGAAAAAGUAAAACAAGUUACAUAAAUAAUUAAUAUUUAAUAUUUUAAUUUAAAAUACUUAAUUUCUUAAAGGUAUGCAUUGAAUCUUAAAGUCUAUUGCAAUUUUAGCAAUCAUAACCAAAACAAAAUAGUUGGAACCAGCAAUAACAAAACAGUAGUAAUUAUAUAUUAACCUUAUUUUUUUAUUUUUUUAAAUACCUAAUGCACUUAUAAUCUUACAUUGCUUUUUGAUUAGAUAUAUGAUGUUGAAACGAGUAUUAGAAUAAUGAAAUUAGUACCAAAAUAUCCAAAUAAAUGCUUUGAAAAUUAUCCAGUAUUUGAUUCUACCAAUAAAACAUUAUUAUCUGAUUGUAUAUUGUGGGAUACCACAUCUUAUAGACAAAUUCACAAGUUUGACAAAUUAAAUAAUAGUAACUUUAAUGGAAUAUUCCAUCCAAAUGGAUAUGAAGUAAUAUUUUAAGAACAAAUUUACACAUUAUUCUUUACAGAUGUAUUGUCUAAUAAUUUUCAAGAGUAUUAAAAUUAUUUCUUAUUAUUUUAUAGAUUGUGAUACAUACAGAAGUCUGGGAUAUACGCACAUUCCGGUUAUUACGCACAGUGCCAAGUCUUGAUAAAUGUAAAACUAUAUUCUCUGGAGAAGGAAUAUAUGCAUAUGAUCGCUGUCUACCCAAUUUAAAUAAAAAUAAUAUUAUUAAAACUUCAUUUAAAACUUUGGAUCCCUAUGAUUAUUCAGACAUUGGUAAAUAUUAAAUGCCAUUUUUUAAUAUUUUAAAAUUAAAAUAAGUAUCUUUUUGAUUACUUAUUGCUAUUAAUCAUCAUCAAAAUAUUCUUGUUUUAUAUUCCUAUUAAUCAUCAUCAAAAUAUUCUUGUUUCAUAUUGCUAUACUUAUAUUAAAUUUAAAACUUUUAAUUGAUUUUCGACCUACUUUACGUGGUCUAAUCAACUAUUAAGUUUGCAUGUGCUUAUAUUUUUAAUGUUAAUACAAUUAUAUUUUCAGUUUUUGCCCCGGUUUUCAAAGUGGGAAGAAAACUGAUUUUACCCUUUAAGAAAAAAAGUGUGAAAAUAUCAAAAAAUACCCGAUACACCUUUUAUAAACAAAUCAUUACUUCUUAGUUACCCUUAGCUUUUUAUAAUGUCCAUUUAUAAUAAAUUCUAGUACCCCAUCUUUCAUCAUCUUUAAUGUCUGUGGCUGUUGUUAGUAAUGUUAUUUACUUAAACUGAAAUGUAUAGGCAAUUCUUAAAGUACCUAGUCAAUUAACAAAGUACUAUUACUCAACUAAUUACAUUAAAUAUUAAUAUAAUACAUGUAUACAUUUUUUUUUUUUUUUUACAAAUUGUUGAACCUAUUCCUGUUUAAUGGUAAAAACAACAUUUAAAAAAACAAUAACACUAGUUUUAUAAUUAAACCUAUGUUUAGCCACUAUUGAUAUUGAAUCUCCAGUGUAUCAUAUGGUUUGCAAUAGUAAUGAUACACAAAUUUCCAUUGUUGGAUAUACAAAUACACCACGAUUUUCAGUUGUUCGAAUAUACGACGUGGGCAGAUCUAGCACCAUAAUAUAA